CAUUCUCGAAGCUUUAAUUCUCUCUCUCCUUAUCAACAAAAAGAGGAAUACCACCAAUCAUCACCAUUCACCAUACCAACCAACCAACCUACCUCAGCCAUUUUGUUGAAACGAAAAGAAAACAAUGUCCGGUCAAUUUCAUGAUCUAUGUAUCUUUAUCUGCUUCUCCUUCUCCACUAUGCUUCGUCUUUCACAUUAGCUACAUUUCUUCUACAUUAUUGGUGCUCAUACAUUAAUUUAGCUGCAAAUUCGAUUCUCUCAAAAUUUGGAGCCUAGUUGGGAUUUUUUUUUGGUAAUUAUCAGAUUCGCAUUGAAUUUGUUUGGAAAUUCAAGGUGUAUAUUCUUUCGUUUUGGGCAUGAAUUUUUUGAUUGCGGAAUUGGAUUCAAUCAAAAUUUGAAGGAAUUAGGGUUUCCAAACAAUCUGUUUGGAAGCAAGGUUGAUUCAGGUUCCCUGAUCUGAUCAGCCCUGCUCGUAUUCCGUUCCGUUAAUGGGAUUAACGACGAUCAAAUUGGAUACUACAUUUCGGAGUAGAGACUCGCUGAGGACCUGAGAUUGGGGUGUAUUUGAUGGGGAACACUUGUACGGGGCCAAACCUAGGUGCUAAUGGAUUCCUUCAAUCUGUCACCGCAGCUGUUUGGCGCAGCCGGCCACGAGAGGACCGACUACCUCCGCCUCACAAAGGAGAUAACAGCAGCCAGGGAACGUCCAAAUCAGGUCCUGUCGCCGAUGAAUCAAAGAGCUCUGAUAAUUUCAAAGGAGGAUCCAAUCAUUCCCCAAUGCCGGUCCAGAGCACCCCGCCUGAACCCGUGAAAAUCGGUAACGAGCUACCACAGCCGGUUGCGGUCGGUAAACCUGCCCAAUCCGAGGCGAAUAAGCCUGCUGAGGAAGCUAAACCGAAGAAACCUGCACAUAUGAAGAGAGUGUCAAGCGCGGGGCUGCAAAUGGAGUCUGUAUUAGGAAGGAAGACUGGGAAUCUGAAGGACAUUUAUAGCUUGGGAAGGAAAUUAGGGCAAGGGCAAUUUGGGACGACAUUUUUUUGCUUGGAGAAGACCACCAGUAAGGAGUUCGCAUGCAAAUCGAUAGCAAAGAGGAAGUUGACGACGGAGGAGGAUGUCGAGGACGUGAGAAGGGAGAUUCGGAUAAUGCACCACUUGGAGGGUCACCCCAAUGUGAUCAGAAUUGUGGAUGCAUACGAGGAUGCGGUGGCGAUUCAUGUUGUUAUGGAACUUUGUGCUGGUGGGGAGCUUUUCGACAGGAUUAUUCAGAGAGGGCAUUAUUCGGAGAGAAAGGCAGCUGAGCUUGCAAGAGUAAUAGUUAGUGUUGUUGAAGCAUGCCACUCUUUAGGGGUUAUGCAUAGAGACUUGAAACCGGAGAACUUUCUGUUUGUUAACCAGGAGGAGGAAUCUCCACUUAAGACUAUAGAUUUUGGGCUAUCGGUAUUCUUCAAACCAGGCGAAACUUUCUCUGAUGUGGUUGGGAGCCCUUACUAUGUGGCCCCAGAAGUAUUACGGAAGCAUUAUGGUCCAGAAUGUGAUGUUUGGAGUGCAGGUGUUAUCAUUUAUAUAUUGCUAAGUGGCGUUCCCCCUUUCUGGGAUGAGUCGGAGCAAGGAAUAUUUGAACAGGUUUUAAAAGGUGAGCUUGAUUUUGUGUCAGAACCAUGGCCUAGCAUUUCUGAAAGUGCAAAAGAUCUGGUUCGAAAAAUGCUAGUGAGGGAUCCCAAAAAGAGGCUGACCGCCCAUGAAGUCCUUUGCCAUCCAUGGGUUCAGGUUGAUGGUGUUGCUCCUGAUAAACCUCUUGAUUCUGCUGUUCUAAGUCGCUUGAAGCAAUUUUCUGCCAUGAACAAGCUCAAGAAAAUGGCCGUUAAAGUUAUUGCUGAAAGCCUGUCUGAGGAAGAAAUUGCAGGAAUGAAAGAAAUGUUCAAGAUGAUAGACACGGAUAAUAGUGGACAAAUCACACUUGAGGAACUGAAGAAAGGUCUGGAGAAAGUUGGUGCUGUUCUCAAGGAUUCUGAAAUUCAUCCAUUAUUGCAAGCAGCAGAUAUUGAUAAUAGUGGUACGAUAGACUAUAGUGAGUUCAUCGCAGCAAUGCUUCAUCUAAACAAGAUUCAGAGGGAGGAUCAUUUAUUUGCUGCCUUCUCAUACUUUGACAAGGAUGGAAGUGGUUAUAUCACUCCAGAUGAGCUCCAACAGGCCUGUCAGCAGUUUGGCUUAGAAGAUGUGCACAUAGAUGAUAUAAUACGCGAAGUUGAUCAAGAUAAUGAUGGCCGUAUUGAUUAUAGUGAGUUUGUGGCUAUGAUGCAAGACACUGACUUUGGCAAGACAGGAAUACAAAGAUAAUUUUAAAGUAUAGGAUCUACAAAGCCUCACAACGCUAAUACAUGAUCCAGGUAUGAUUACAACACAAUCAGUAGUCAAUAUGAAUUUCCUCACUACCGGCAACUUAACAGAAUUUGUGGCUCUGGUUUUGAAAUUCAUGUCUCAGAGAUGGAGAGGAAGCAUCCUGUCUUCAGUGUUUUCUUGUUGUAUUUAUCUUUUAAUUAUCCAUCGAGUUUUUUAAGUUGGUUAGAUUGCAAUUUUUGUGGAAAAUAUUGUUCAUAGUCUUACUUUUCGGGUAGACCAUUUUCCUUUGCAUUGUUGCAAAGAUUGUAGGGAGCUCUGCCCCAUAUAUCGCUUGAAGAAAUGGAAAUGCGAAGUGAUGGUUAUAGAGGUUUACUACUCUGCGCACAGGAUGUAUCUUUGUUCAUAAUUGCAUCAGCAAACACACACGCAGAGUAGGCUCGAAUACAGACAUAAAUUUAAUGCCAAUCUGGGGCAACCGGUUUAGUUGAGAAGCUAGCUCAGUUGCAAACCUCCAGUCAUUUCUUAGAGAUCAUCGUGUAAGCUUUGAAUGAUUUGGUCUUGAAGUUUGAUUAUGACAUACCUAUUCGAACUGUUAAUGACUGAAAUCGCAUAAUGCACUGAUAAUCGUUGCAUAGUUGAAGAUUUUUUG